AUGACCGCGCGCCAACUCCUUCACACCUCCAGCGAAACAUAUACACUCGCAUCAAUCUGUGAUCACAUCUCAAGCCACACAAUUCCUUCAAUCCACCCCACGCUCAAACCAUGCUCCCAGUCAUUGGCCUGCUUGGCUUAUAGCCUCCUCACGCCCGCCGUUUAUGGCCCAGUAUUCAUUCACAAGAUCCGGACAAUCUUAUUGGAGCAUGAACUCGGGCUCCUUGGUGACAUCCUCAGUGGCAGUGCCACUCGCUUCCCAGCGGACUCGCAAAGAAAUUCUCAAGUCGUGAUGGACUACAUAGCCGAGGAUGCGGGCGAUCUAUUGUCGUUGGUCAGAUUAGUUGCCCUGCACUGGCUGCGUCGAGGGAACGGUUCGGCAGACUAA